AGCAACCUCUUGUUAUAGAAUGAUUGGUUGAUGUUGCUCAUACAGGCGUGUCCUCGGUGGUGCGGGCGUGGCGUCAGUACUUCCGUCUUCUUCAAAGAACGCUGAAAAUGACAGCCACUUUGCGCCCGUAUCUGAACGCUGUGCGAGCAACUCUCCAGGCAGCGCUAUGUCUGGAGAACUUCUCCUCUCAAGUGGUCGAACGCCAUAACAAGCCAGAGGUUGAGGUCAGGAGUAGCAAAGAGUUGCUACUGCAGCCAGUGGUGAUCAGUCGCAAUGAGAAGGAGAAGGUCCUAAUCGAAGGUUCCAUUAACUCUGUGCGAGUCAGCAUUGCUGUGAAGCAGGCAGAUGAGAUUGAGAAGAUCCUGUGUCAUAAAUUUAUGCGGUUCAUGAUGAUGAGGGCAGAGAACUUCUUUAUCCUGAGGAGGAAACCUGUGGAGGGCUAUGACAUCAGCUUCCUCAUCACCAACUUCCAUACAGAACAGAUGUACAAACACAAGUUGGUGGACUUUGUCAUUCAUUUCAUGGAGGAGAUCGACAAAGAGAUCAGCGAGAUGAAGCUGUCAGUCAACGCCCGGGCCCGUAUUGUUGCUGAGGAGUUCCUCAAAAAUUUCUAAAGGACCCAUGUCUCGCCUCAUGCUAUAUCACGACAUGGUCAUCUCAACGGUUUCUUCAGAGAGAGGCAGUGUACAUUUUUUCAUGGCUUACCAGGAAGAGAAAGAGGAACCAAUCCGCAAGGGAGUUACAAAAGACCAAACAAGGCCUAGCACAGUGCCUCUUCUGCCUUCUGUAUUGUGUGAUCCCUGUGCUUAUAGACAGUAAUGGCUGUACAUAAUAAACAAUCAAUCGUGUCUGUCUCACAGAACAAAACUUAAACCCCAAGGCAGGUCCUUAGUCAACACAGUUAAUGUUAAUGGGCACAGGGAUUCACUUGAAUAAACAGUGAAAUUGUAUUAUGGCUUACUUUUUUUAUAUGUCAGUGUUUUUGUUUUCACAUUUUUUUGUUUCAAGAUCCUCAUAAAAGACACAAACAGAUAGUAAAAUAAUUGUUUAUAUUUUAACACAAAUGUAAUGGAGAUCUUAUGAAAACUCACCGGUAAAGUGUAAUAUUGAGCUAAAAUGGCAUCAAUUAAACCCAUCAUUCCUCUU